UCGCCAAGGGCCAAGGCCUCCCGCGGCGCGGGGAGCUGGUCCCGGUCACAGACAGCGAACAGAGCAACGGACGCCGUUAAAGGAGCAGGGAAAUGAGGUGCAGGAGGAGGAGGAAGAAGAGGAGGAGGAGGAGCCAGAGGGCCAGCUUGGAGGUCAGCGGGUGAGUCACCACUAACCCGCAGGAUCUCGGUCACCCUCGCUCUGCGCUCUGCUCUGCUCAUCGAGAAGAUCCUCCGGAUUGCUUUGCUGGAGGCAAGCCCGGCCGCAUCGCCCAAGAGCAGGCACCAGCUCCGGAGUUUUUCUCCACUGGUUUGGUGUGUUCCUGCCAGAAAUUGGCCCGCCGGGGUGAGGGGUUGCGACUGCAGCCCUGCCAAACCCACUGGUGUGACAUUAAACCCAAGAGACAUUCCUUUCCUCAUUUUAUGUUUGUCCUCCUGUCCUGGCCCCUGGGCUUUCGGUGCACCGUCCCCCGUGCUGAGCUCCGACACGCUCAUGGCACUGACACGCUGGUGACCUCUGGGAAGCUGUGAAUACCGGAAUGGUGAGAACAUGGUAAAAGGUGAAAAAGGAACUCAGUAACUCAUCCCACUGGAAGGGGCAAAAACCCAGGGUGAGCCCUCCUGCCCCCCCAGCUCCUGGCAGGCUCCCCAUGGGCGGGCGGCCGGGCUGUGCUGGGUCUUGCUUUGACUGGCAAGUCUCCUUGUCUGUCACGCCGAGAGCCCUCCUCUUUAGGAGGGAUUUAAGGGGCUUUCUAUGGCUAUAGACUGCAAGGACAAAUAGCACCCCCAAACCCCCGAGCUCAGUUAUGAAGCUGCUCAUGGGGAGAAGAUGGAAGGAGAGAUUUCGGUCUAAAGCGGAUGAGCUGAGCUGAAGGCAUUGCUCCAUCCUUCCCACCAGCCAGGCAAAAAAAAUGUAAUCGGAGGAGCUGGAAAGCUGAGCAGCCUGCCAGCGCUGGCACCCUGCAUCCUGCACAGGCUCCCACCGCCUCGGGCAUCUCUUCCUCUCUCCCCCUUUUGCCUCCUGCAAGAUUUAAGCCUUUCAUUUGCAGCCUCGACUCCUGACAAUCCUUGUCAAUAAAUGAGGGAGCAUAAUGCUGAACAGCAUCACCGAUGGGCUCCUGUGCUGCCUGAUGGGCAAGACGACGAACGCCGUGGGGCCACUGGACAGUGUUGAGUCCAGCAACGGCUACAGCUUCAUGGAGGUGAAGCCGGGGAGGAUCCUGCGGGUCAGGCACAGCGCUCCCAGCCGCCCGGCCCCGGAGGAGCCUGAGGAGCCCCAGCUGGGGGGCCUGGAGCGGGGCACGGUGCACUGCAAGCGCAAGAUCACCGUCUACCGCAACGGGCAGCUGGUGAUCGAGAACCUGGGGGAUGCCGUCCGCUCCGAGAUCCUGCACUGCCAGAACGGCUCGGGGGAACCCAACAGCACCGUGGAGCUGGAGCUCUCCGACGUGGCCGGCCAAACUCCUGCCCAGGCUCCCGCCGGCACGCCAGGAUGCGGCACGCCAGGAUGCGGCACACGGGAGGCAGCCGCUGCGCCCGGCAAGCGUCGGAAGCGUAAACCCAAGAAAGUCAUCAACAUUGACUGCAAGAAGCAGAUCACGAGCUGCAAAGGGACGCACAGCGACGUGGUCCUCUUCUUCAUCCACGGCGUGGGCGGCUCGUUGGACAUCUGGAAGGAGCAGCUGGACUUCUUUACCAAGCUGGGCUACGAAGUGGUGGCUCCCGACCUGGCUGGCCACGGCUGCAGCUCAGCUCCCCAAAUUGCCGCCGCGUACACCUUCUACGCGCUGGCGGAGGACAUGAGGGCCGUCUUCAAGCGCUAUGCCAAGAAGAGGAAUAUCCUGAUAGGACACUCAUACGGGGUGUCCUUCUGCACCUUCCUCGCCCACGAGUACCCAGACCUGGUCCAUAAGGUGAUCAUGAUCAACGGAGGGGGCCCGACAGCGCUGGAGCCCAGCCUCUGCUCCAUCUUCAACAUGCCCACCUGCGUGCUGCACUGCCUCUCCCCGUGCCUGGCCUGGAGCUUCCUCAAGGCUGGCUUCGCUCGCCAGGGUGCCAAAGAAAAGCAGCUGCUGAAGGAAGGCAACGCCUUCAACGUCUCCUCCUUCGUGCUGCGCGCCAUGAUGAGCGGGCAGUACUGGCCGGAGGGCGACGAGGUUUACCACGCGGAGCUGGCCGUGCCCGUGCUCCUGGUCCAUGGCAUGCACGACAAGUUUGUCCCGGUGGAGGAGGACCAGCGAAUGGCCGAGAUCCUGCUGAUCGCCUUCCUGAAGGUGAUCGAUGAGGGCAGCCACAUGGUGAUGAUGGAGUGUCCCGAGACGGUGAACACGCUGCUCCACGAGUUUGUCCUGUGGGAGCCCGAGACGCCAGCUGGGGACGGGCAAGGGGAGAAGAAAUAAGGCGGC